CUGAAAGAGUUCAGACCGCCUUAAUUGGUUACUGCGCUACAUUAUGCAGAAGGGUACUCUAAAUAUUGAUGAACAGCAAUCUUCUGCUGAAUUUUUUGCACAUGAUGGGAUUUUUACACUCGAUUCAGCGCAGUGGUUCAGAGUAGUGAAUUCCUUAAUGAAUCUGCAAGUUUGUAACAAUUAUCUGGUCGGUGCUACUUCAAAAAAUACCCUAAUAAGAACGUCUACUGUUCCUCCUUACAAUAUAUCUGAAAUUGAAAUUAGCCGCCUUUCAGAUGACCGAGUCCAUAAUAUUUUUCUGGAUCCUAUGGGUUGGCAUACUGUAAUAAGUAUGCAGUCUGGCACAAAUUUCUACAUCAAUAAAGGUAUGAAAAAGGUUCGCCCUUUAAACAAGACAAAAGAUCAUUUGUUUGACUCUAUAGCUUGGAAUCAUCAUAAUGUUAAUGAAUUGUCUACACAAGAAAUUUUAAUCGGUACAAAUGAUGGACUAAUAUUUGAAACAAUGCUUAUGUUUAAUGAAGAUAGCUUUUUUAGUUCGGGAACUAUUGAACAGUAUUGGAUCCAGAUGAUUAAUUUAGGACAUAGUGUAACAGGUGUAGAAGUGAUUCGCUUUCCUAUUGGUUCGCCUAAUGUACUAGUUGGUGAACCGCAACGAUGUGUAGUCUUUGCUACAACACCUUGUCGUAUGUAUCAAUUUGCUGGAUGGAUAAAUACUAACAGUUCAACAACCGGUUCAAUUUUAUCUCAUCUAGCAGCAAAUACUGCUACAUCCGGUAUAUCCAAUGCAAUAAAUGCUUAUACUGGAGGUCAUAGGUCUAGUUUAGUGAAUGAAUAUAAUCAACAACAAUCUGUUGGGAUACAAAAUACAACUAUAUUUCCCAUUAUCACUGGACUAUUCUCUAGUGUAUUCAACUCAGAUGAUAAACUACCUGUUGGAUCCAAAGUUACUGAAUUUCCCGGAAGUUUUGGAUAUAGUGAUUUAAAACUUUAUCGUAAUGUAAAAGAUGAACUCCCUAGUAAAUUUGCUUGGAUGACAGGUCCAGGUGUUUACUUCGGUUACAUAAGAACAGAACAAUUAAGUAUGCCUCCAUUUACAAAACUUUCAACAAAUGAUCAACCAAUUGAUGUAAAAUCAUUUCCAAAUGAAGUUGUUUCCCUUCUACCUACUGCCACUGAUAAUACAGAUGAUCCGAAUCGACCGAAAGAUAUAUUCUCUGGUCGUGGUGUUAAUUUAACGCGAAAUACAAAACUUAUCCCGUAUCCAAUUAUUCAUAUGCUUGAACGACCUGGUGUACCAUUAGGCAUUUGUUUGACAGAAUUUCAUCUUAUCAUUAUCUAUGUGGAUCGCAUUAAAGCUGUGAAUACUUUAGAUGGUCGAGCAGUUUAUUCAAUGCCGUUAAAUAAUAUCAUUGGCUGUGAACGGGCUUUAGGUAUAUCGCGUGACUCAUUAUCUAAUCAUAUUUGGAUAUUCAGCAAUAAUCAUUUGGCUCGAUUGAAUAUGAAGAAUGAAUUAUGUAGAAUAUGGCAAAUCUAUUUGGAUCGUCUACAGUUUGAUGAAGCGCGCCAAUUUUGUCAGGAUCCUGGUCAAAUGGAUACCAUCAAUAUACGUGAAGCGGAAUAUAAUUUUGAUAAUGAAAACUAUGGACUUGCAGCUAAAUUAUUUGCUCGUAGUUCUAUACCGUUUGAACAAAUUGCAUUACGUUUUUUUCGUUUAUCAUCAUCAUCAUCAUCAACAACAACAACACAUACAAUAGAUCUUUCAUCAACCAUUAUACCAUCUACAUUAAUUCAACAAGGUUAUGAAAUUAAUGAUGAUCAUGAUAUUAUGGAAGCAUUAAUUAUUCAAUCAAAACAACAAUAUCCAAUCAAUGACAAACUAACAGGACUAAUUGAUUCAUCUAUAAAACAAUGUAAAUCAUUCAUAACAUCAAUCCAUUCAUAUAGUAGUACAUUGACACCAUUGAAAAUAUUUUUAUCAUCAAAAUUAGAUUAUUUAAUAGAACAGAAUAAUCAAAUAAUAAGUAAUAUCAAUAAACAAUCAGUAGUAAAUUUAUCAGGUCAAAUAAUUUUAUUAGCAAUUUGGUUAAUAGAAUUAUUAAUAACUGAAUUGAGUGUGAUACGUGAUCGUCUUAAAAUGAUAACAAAAUUGGAUCAUAAUAAUGAUGAUCUUGAUGAAAUAGUUAAUGAUAAUGAUCAAAAUAACAAGAUGAUUAGUGAUGGAAAUGUUACCGUUAACAAUAAUGAUAAUUGUGAUGAUAAAGUUAAAUUAACAUUACAAAAUCGUCUAGCUUCUGUACGACGUGAAUUUCGUACAAUCAUAGUAUUACCGGAAGUAUUGAAUUUUUUACCACAAGCAAAAUCUUUGAUAUACGAUUUACUGGAAAAUCAUGGGGAAAAUGAUGAACUUGUUUAUUUUAUGGAAUUAAUGAAAGAUUAUCCUCGUUUAGUGGAUCAUUAUAUGCGUCAAUGUAUGUACAGUGAUGCCUUAAAAAUAUUAGCCACCUAUCCAAACUGUUUAAAUCGACUAUAUGAUCAUGCAUCAUGCUUAGCUAGUAAAUGUCCAGAAGAAUUUGUCAAUGUAUGUCUUCGUUUAAACAAUAAAUUGGAUAUUAAUCGACUUCUACCUUCAAUUAUGUUGUUACCAAAUAAUUAUGCAAUAAAUUACUUAGAAGAUACUAUUGGAAUAUAUACCAAUAAAAAUAUAUCAAAUCAAGCUGUACAUCAUAUGCUUAUUUCAUUGUAUGCUAAUGAAUAUCAUUUAAAUCAUAAUGAUGAUAGAUUAAUGAAAUAUUUAGAAAAAUUUAGUAUCCAAGCCAUUCAUAUAAGACGUUUAAAACAACAACAUCAACAAAAUAUUGUCGAUAAUGGAGAUUUAUUCAAUGAUUAUCAAUUAAUGAAUAUGGAUCUAACUGAAUUAUCAUUGCUAGAACAUGAUAAUGAUACAGUGAAUGAUUGUUCUACCGGUAAUGUAAUGAAUAAACUAAAAUGUUUAACAAAUCAACAUCAAGAACAAGAUAUCCAGUCAUUGUUACCCUAUGAUCCUGGUUAUGUGCUUCGUUUAUGCAAAGAAGUUGAUCAUUUAAAAGGUGUACUUUAUAUACUACAAUUAUUGGAUAUGCAUCAGGAAGCUUUACAAUUAGCCAUUGAAUUGAAUAAUAUUCCAUUCGCUAAAGAAAUUGCUCAAAGUGAAUUUUUGAAUUCUAAUGUACGUCGUCAAUUAUGGAUUCAAUUAGCACAACAUAUUAUUAGUACUGAUGGAAGUAUGCAAGAAGCUAUCAAUUUAUUACGAGAUUGUCCUCUAUUGAAAUUAGAGGAUAUUCUUCCAUAUUUUCAUCAGUUUGUUACUAUUGAUCAGUUUAAAGACGUGAUCUGUUCGUCACUGGAUUCGUAUAAUGAACGGAUUGAUAAUGUGAAAAACGAAAUACAAAGUACGAUGAAAACUAUUGAUGAAUUACGUACACAGUCGAAUAAUCUACGAUAUAGAUAUGAAAUUAUAGAGAAUGAUUCACGUUGUACUCAUUGCAAUCACCUUUUAACUUUACGUGCAUUUUAUGUAUUUCCUUGUGGUCAUAAUUUUCACAUAAGUUGUCUCACUGAAUUGGUGAAACCAUAUUUAUCAGCAGAGGAAAAAUCACAAUUGUCAAAAGUUGUCGAAUCUCAAAAUCUUGGAAAUAAUCCAUCUGUAACUAAUGUUGAAGAUCUAUUUGAUGAAAUCAUUGCUAAUGAUUGUGCUCUAUGCGGUCAUAUAGCCAUUGAAAAUUUAUCUAAAUUAUAUUAUGAAAAUCAAGUGAAUUAUGAUAAUGAAUUAUCAAUUUGGCAAUAGAUAUUUAUCUAGAAACAUGUAUAGAUAUAUGUAUGCCUAUCACACCUCAUUCUGCA